AUGUCUGUCUCAGCGGCUUUGAGAAGUCGGGUGUCGGAUAUCCAAAGUAAGAAGAUCCCCACUGCCUUGGCUGACCACGUGGAAAAGAACAGCCUUCAGGGCCAGCUAAAGUACAAUCUCUUUGUCGGUGCCUCUUCGGGGGCUGAGACUGAGAACCGAUGGGCUCGCUUGAACAUGAUUGAGCGGAGAUCGCCGCAUCAAGUCGGCAAGGAGAUUGCCAAAGGUAUCAACAAUGGCAACAUCAAGUUUUUCGACAAGCAUCUUAGCAUGUUUCCUGUCGAUCUGAUGUAUGGCUUCUACACACUUAACAAGCCCAACAACAAACUGGAUGUUACGAUUGUGGAGGCGUCUGCGAUUACUGAAGAUGGAGGUAUCAUUCCAGGUGCCAGUGUUGGCGCAUCACCGGAAUUGAUCCAAAUGGCCGACAAGAUUAUCAUCGAGGUGAACACGGCGGCUCCCUCUUUUGAAGGUCUUCACGACAUCACCAUGACUGAUCUCCCACCCCGCCGAAAGCCAUACCUCAUCAUGUCCCCCGAAGAUCGCAUCGGUACUCCUCACAUUCCGGUCGACCCCGAAAAGGUUGUCGCUAUCGUGGAAAGCGACUAUCCUGAUCAGACGCAGCCUAACGCACCCGAGGAUGACACGUCGAGAGCCAUUGCUGCGAACUUGAUUGAGUUUCUGAAACAUGAGGUCAAUCACGGUCGUCUACCGGAGAACUUGCUGCCAAUACAGUCUGGUAUUGGAAACAUUGCCAACGCUGUGGUUGGUGGUCUUGCUUCUGGUGGUGCCAACUUCAAGAACCUCAAAGUAUGGACCGAAGUGCUCCAGGACUCUUUCCUCGAUCUCUUCGACUCUGGCAACUUGGACUUUGCAACCGCUACAUCUAUCCGAUUCUCUCCUGAUGGUUUCCAACGUUUCUACGACAACUGGGACCGUUAUGCGCCAAAGCUGCUCCUCCGCUCCCAGCAAGUCUCCAACUCACCGGAAAUCAUCCGUCGACUCGGAGUAAUUGGAAUGAACACUCCAGUAGAAGUGGACAUUUACGCACACGCAAACAGUACUUGUGUCAUGGGCAGUAAAAUGCUCAACGGUCUUGGCGGAUCAGCUGACUUCCUCCGUUCAUCAAAGUACUCAAUCAUGCACACGCCCUCAACCCGCCCUACAAAGACGGACCCCACAGGCAUUUCUUGCAUCGUUCCCAUGUGCACACACGUAGAUCAGACCGAGCACGAUCUCGAUGUCAUCGUCACUGAGCAAGGGCUUGCGGACGUUCGUGGGCUCUCACCGAGAGAACGAGCGCGGGUCAUCAUCAACAAGUGCUCACACCCAGAUUACCGGGAUAUUCUGGAAGAUUACUUCAACAAAGCCGAGUUUGAGUGCCUGAGGAAAGGAUGGGGCCAUGAACCGCACCUGUUGUGGAACAGCUUUGACAUGCACAAGCAUUUGAACGAAAAGGGUACGAUGAAGCUGCCCAAGUGGGACUACAGCAGCGCAGAGGAUGCGAUGCACAAGGCUUAG